CUCCUCUCUUUUUGUUGUUUAUGUUUAAUUAUUAAUGGUGUAUAAUCCAAUAUUCCAAGAUUUCUCCCCACAAAAUUCCUCCUUUACCCUAAACACAAAUGUCCAUUUCCUACAUAAACCUCUCUUUCUCUCCUUGACAAAUAGUCUCCAAACCCCACAUUACUCUCUCUUAUGUGCUCUCCUUCUCUGUCUCUUCUUCCCCUUUUCUCUGUGUUUCUAUUAGAAAAAAAAAACCAAAAAAUGAAAAGAAAAAUGCUAAUGGUUACAUGAAAAAAUCUUUAGAACACUUGUUUUCUUGAAAAAAUGGGGAUUUUGAUUAAAGGGUUUUAGAGGGAGUUCUUUUUUUUGAAAAUGGAGAUGGGAUUCAAUCUUGUAAAGACUGGAUUUUGAUUAAAGGGUUUUAAUUUUAGUAGCAGAGGUUUUCACUUUUUUGCUUUUUUUUUCUUCUUAAAAUGGGUGAAAACAGCAAUGACUUACUACUCUGUACAGAAACCAAGAAUCUUUGCUUUGAUGAUCUUGAUUCUUUGGCAAAUGAUGACCAAAACAUUCAAGAAAAGAGUAAAGUUUUGAACUUUGACAGUGGCAGAUCAGUGGCAUUGAUUGAUUUGUUGCCAAGUCUAAGUGAAGAAACCUUUUCUUUUAUGGUGGAAAAGGAAAAAGUUCUUUUACCCAAAGAUGAUUAUCUCAAGAGAUUGAGAAUUGGGGAUUUAGAUUUGAAUCAUAGAAGGGAGGCUGUUAAUUGGAUUUGGAAGGCUUAUGUGCAUUAUGGGUUUGGAGAGCUGAGUUUUUGUUUGUCAAUAAAUUACCUUGAUAGGUUUCUGUCUUUGUAUGAAUUGCCAAGUGGUAAAACUUGGACAAUUCAAUUGUUAGCUGUAGCCUGUUUAUCCAUUGCUGUCAAAAUGGAAGAAAUUAAUGUUCCCUUGACUAUUGAUUUACAGGUAGGGGAGCCUAAGUUUUUAUUUGAAGGUAAAACAAUACAAAGAAUGGAACUUUUGGUAUUGAGCACAUUGAGAUGGAGAAUGCAGGCUUAUACACCUUGCACAUUCAUAGAUUAUUAUAUGAAAAAGAUGAAUCUUGAUCAGAUCCCAUCAAGGCAAUUGGUUUCUAGAUCAAUUCAGCUAAUAUUAAGCACAGUAAAAGGUAUUGACUUCUUGGAAUUCAGGCCUUCUGAAAUUGCAGCAGCAGUGGCAAUGUCUGUUUCAUGGGAAAGGCCACAAGCAAAAGACACUGAUAAGGCAAUGCCUUGCUUCUCCAUAAAAGUUGAAAAGGACAGAGUGAUGAAGUGUCUUGAACUGAUUCAAGAUUUGACAUUGGUUAGUGGGACUAGUGCUACUACUGCUGCAGCAUCAGUACCUCAAACUCCCAAUGGGGUGUUGGAAGUUGCUUGCUUGAGCUAUAAAAGUGUUGAAGGACCAGUUCCUUCAUGUCCAAAUGCUAAAAGGAGGAAACUUGACACAAACAUCAUCUCAUAAGGGGACUUGAGAGAAAAAAAUAUCAUGAACUCUGAAUUUUUUUAAUCUUUGUUAUAGUUUUUUAGAGCUUCACACCUAAAGGUCCAAUCAGUUUUGGCUAAAUGGAAGAUUUGUUGUUGUGGUGGCUUUAAAAGUCACAAAAGCAUUGAGGAAAAGAGGAGGGGGUGGGGGGUCCAUGUUUUUAGCAUGAAAAGAAUUGUCACCAGCUGUUAAUAAUAAUCCUGAGUUGUCAACAACCAUAGUAAUAGGAGGUUGAGGAGAAGGAUAGAGCUUUUUCUCUUCCUUUUUUGGGUAAUUUUUAAAAAUUUCAAAUGAAAAAUAUAUAGAAUGAGAAGGGGUUUGGGAGGGGGAGAGGAGACGAAAAAGAUGAAAAGAAGAUUAAAGUAGUAUAGUUAGUGGAGGCUAUUAAGUGGUGGUAUUGUUUUAUUAGUUCUAUUUUCUAGUGAAAAUUGAGAUGUAUUUUCAUGGUACUUGGAAUAAAACAUCCAAAAAGUCCUUUUGCUCUUCA